UAAUCACAAAGACAAAGAUCUACAAACAACACACACUAUCUCUCUCUCUUUUCUUAACUUUAGUAUAUAGUUUCCUUAACCACAUUGGUUUGUGUGCUCUGCUGUCUUCUCUCUCUCUAGCUCUAGCUCACUUCACUUUCACACUUUACAAACCAAACAUCUCUCACUCUCUCUCUCUUUCCAUACUUUCUUUCACUUUCCCAUUCACUUUCUUUCCACCCAAACACAACACACACAAUGGGAAUCAAUAGAGACGCAUCUACACCUCCACCGGUAAUCGGAAAGAUUGGACCUUACACUGUCUUUAUGACCCCACCUCCAACCCCUUCUCCUAAACCACCAUCAUCAUCACCACCGCCACCUCAGCCUCUCUUUGAGUCUCCCAAGAAGGUGGCCGUGGUGGUUCCACCUCCGGUUCAGCCACCCCCUCAGCAAUUUGAAAAGUCCGUUACUACUACUGAUGAUGGCUCUGUUUUGGGGAUCUUUAAGAAUGCUGUCACUAAGGUUCAGAAUGCACAUUCUAGUCUAGAUGACCAUUUAGCUCGCUGGUUUGGAUUAAAUCAAUCAAAGUAUCAGUGGGCAUUGGAUGAUUAUUAUGAGAACAAGGGUUUGGAAAAAGGAGAUUCGAAAGUGAAGGACAUAUCUAGUAAAAUGCAAAGUGUGUAACACUUGCUGAAGAGUGUCACUUUCGAGAGAGAAGCUCGUGCAGAUUCGUUUUGAGUAUACUAUAUAUCUAUAAUACUAAUGUAUGCAGCAGUUGCAGAAGAAGCACCUCAAAAUUUGAAGAAGAAGAUGAACCGAAAGGCGGUCAGUCAAUACAAAAUUGUUGUUUUUAUUACCAACUGCAGAAGGAGAUGUAAGAGUUUGGUUGUGUAGCUAUCAAAUGAGUCAUUAAACUCACUUUUAGUUAUAGUUUUUGGCCAAACUUCUUUCUCUUCUUUCUUUUCUUAUAAUGCUUUUGUUUAGUUUUUUCACCAUAUUAUUAUAUCUGAUUUUGAGUCAAUCAAGUUGUUAUGGCUUAUGUACUUUUGGUGUAUUAUAUUUAUGUGCUUAGUAAAAUCCCAUAUAGUAUAACUUAAACAUUUUUCAGAUUAUUAGAGAAAGGUAAUUGAUCAUUCA